GCGGUUACUGGCCCGCAGGGAGCGAGCCUCUGCAGGCCGGCACGUGUUAUGCCCUGAACUGCGCAGCUAGCAGCUCGUGCACAUUGGUUGCAACGGAUUGCGACAGCUGGGCACCGCGUGGCUUCCUCUGCAAGACAAACACCGAUGUCGUCUCCUACGUGUACGGAUCGGCAACUCUCAGCAAAACCUUCAUCUUCAGUUCGUACGGCCUCAUCAAGAACUCUGCUGCAACGUAUUGCGGUUCAUUGGGCGGACAUCUCGUUUCCAUGAACACCAAGGCCAAGUUUAACGAGGUCAUCAAACACGUGACCUCCGGGAGUGUUGCGGUGCCAAGCGACUAUCUCACCAACAACCGA